AUGCGUGGUCACAGCUUUUGCUUCUGCAGCUUGUGGUUGUCUGCCAGUUUGCUGGCAUCCUUGCCCCACAGCAAGGGCAGUGUUUUGUGCUGGCCACAUGAUGCUUGCCGGUUGGUGAACCAAACUUGUGGAUUUGAUAAAAAGCUAGCUGCGCAGAAUUCCCAGGCGCAUGUGGAUCUCUUGGUGCAGCGUGCGCAUGAAGUUACUACAAACUUUACCGUGCUACACAUCGGCACAAAUCAGCUACUGGAUGAGGAGUUGCAAUGGUAUCAGCAGCUUCAGAGACGUAUCCGCCAAGACACGGCAGGUGCUCGGACCUUGAGAUUGUUCUUUGUUGAGCCACAGCCGCAAGCAGUUCAUCGCCUCAGGGAGAGGGCGCGGCAGAUUCAGCAGGAAGGUGUGCAGAUCACAUUCAUCGAGGCUGCACUUUGCACUGAGAAUGAUACGGGUCAGGUCUUCUAUAUCCUUACGGAAAGGCUCUACAAGGAUUUCCCAAACUACAAAAUCCCUAGGGCCAGGAUCGGAUUUCUCAGCUCCUUCUCCAAGAAUCGCAUAAGAGAAAUGGUCUUGCAAUAUGCCACCGAGCAGGACUUUCUUUCAAGUCCGGAGGUCUUAGACGUCUACAUUGACGAAAUUUCGGUGAGGUGCUGGGACGCUCAAGGGCUCCUAAAGCAGGCUGGGCUCAAACCUGCAGACAUCGACGUGCUGGUCACAGACCUGGAGGGCUACGACACGCAGUUCCUGCCAUUCUUCUUUGCAUUGGAAGGUUUCUCCCCGCUUUCCUUGACCUUUGAGCACUAUGGCCAGCUGCUGCCGAGCAUAGUGACUCAAUGGACCAUCAGAGAGCUGGCUCACCGGGGCUAUAUCGUACACUGCCACAGACAGGAUAUCAUUGCAAUUCACCUUGGGUCACGUCCCACGAAGAGAAUCCAAAGCUUGUACAGAUCCGCAAGUGCAAAGGUUGCCUCUCUCCCUACCUUUGACGAAGAGCUGCAGCGUUUCAGAGAAUCUGGGUCUACAGCCGAGGGGUUUGUUCAGCAUUUUAUCUCGCCAUGUUUGCCAAUGGAAUUAGCGACCCAUCGGUUUGGUGAUAUUGGAGAGGAUUGCCCUUCCGCAUCCUGGCUUCCAAAAAUUGGAGGAAGAGCUCCGCUGCUUGAGCUUCCUGCUGAAAGUGUGCUGGCAGUGGGUGCACACAACUUGCAGGCUUUGGUGGACGUAAGCGGCUGGCUCCGUGCGAAGCUGGUCUUAGUUGUGGCCAGACCAAGCUCAACACCGACAUUGCCCAGCUUGAUAACACAGAUCCGCGACUUGCUCAAGAGUCGGUUUAUUCGCCACAUUUUCAUGCAGGGUCCUGAGUUGUCGCAUCCAGACUAUGAGGCUUUGCCUUCGGGCUUGGACCCUCACUUACAGCUUGACAGUACUGAAGUUCCCAAGCAAAGCAACCUGAUCGGCAUCAGUGAUACCAGCGAGGGUCCUCACCAGAAACGUGGCAUCAAUGACUCGGCUGCUAUCGCUCAUGCGCGCUAUGUCAUGCGAGAAGGUGAGACAGGUGAUCUAACGGAGUCCCGCUGUUGGGAGGCCGUAGCCUUUGGAACCAUCCCGAUCUCCAAAUAUCCCAAGGAGCUCUACGCGGCGCUCUUCUGCAAGGGCAUGGUGCUGGUGCAUGACGACGAGGAUCUUCGUCAGCUCGCGCUUUCCCUUCCAGAUCAGCCUGCAUACAGGAAGCCGUCCCGGGAUCAGCUGCUGGUAGCAUUUUGGAAGCUACGGGUGGCUCUUGCCAUACAGAAGAUCAAAGGCAUUGCUCUGCCUGCCGUUUGCGACUUGCUGCGAGAGGGUGGCUGA